GGUCGCCAACAGCUGCCGCAUGACGCUGGCCAUCCCGGCGCGGCUUCAUCAACAACGCACUUGGCCGGAGGCAAUCUUGUCCUGACCACUUGAUCGCAAGGCCACACGGGCGGUGAACAUGCCUGCACGACGACUCCAGCCGAGUCGCGAAUUCCACGUUGUGGUGCUAGGAGCAGGCGGUGUCGGCAAGAGCUGCCUCACUGCCCAAUUCGUCCAUAAUGAGUGGGUGGAAAGUUAUGACCCUACCAUUGAGGACUCGUACCGCACCCAGCUACAGGUCGAUGGCCGCCAGGUCGUGUUGGAGAUCCUUGACACAGCAGGCACAGAACAGUUUGUGGCCAUGCGUGACUUGUACAUGAAAACGGGGCAAGGGUUCUUGCUUGUGUUCAGCAUCACAUCACAAGCGUCCCUCGAUGAGAUUGCGAGCUUGCGAGACGAGAUCAUUCGCAUCAAGGACGACGAAAGCGUGCCAAUUGUCAUUGUAGGCAACAAGGCCGAUCUGGAGGAGAACCGACAGGUACCUCGCGCGAGGGGCUUUUCCGUUUCGCAAAGGUGGGAGGCGCCGUACUACGAGUCGAGUGCCAGGACGAGGACCAAUGUUGAAGAGUGCUUCAUCGACCUCUGUCGGCAGAUGCUUCGGCGGGAGGACGAGGGCGGCGCGGAAGAUUCGCCAACCCACAAGCCGGAGCAUUCUGCGUACGACUCUCACAAGCGCAGGCGGAGGAGACGGCUGCGCGACGGGCAGCGAUGCGUCGUGCUCUGAGGACGACAAAGCAUGAUGGGACAUGAGAUUGGGAACAUACAGGACGGACGCGGAUCUCACGAUCCAGGGUAACGAACGAUUAGCGAAUGCCAGGCACAACAACAGCGAGUUUGUAUUCCUUUCACGAUAGACAGAGCGCAGACUGCCUCGUGCUAUGUACACUUUACAUAUGAGACCCCCCAG